CCCAACAAGAUGUCUUACCAGUGCAAGCAACCCUGCCUUCCUCCUCCUUCCUGCGUGAAGACUAAGAGUGCCACCGUGUGUGCAACUCCUGGAGGCGCUGUCUGCGUGACCCCAUCUCAGUCAUCUUGCGCAGAUGCCUGCACUCCUAAAUGUGCCACUGUGUGUGCCACUCCAGGAGGCUCCAUCUGCGUCACUCCACAGCAGCCCCAGUGCGCCACCGUCUGCCAGGGUCCUUGCGGCUCCAUCUCGGUGACCCCCCUGCAGAACCAGGGGCCGACCAUAUGCGCCACCCCCGGUGGGUCCGUCUGUGUGUCACAAGGCCAGGGUCAGUGCUCGACCGUCUGCCAGGGCCCAUGUGGCUCCGUCUGUGUGACACCGCAGCAGCCCCAGUGCGCCACCGUCUGCCAGGGUCCCUGCAGCUCCGUCUGUGUGACCCCGCAGCAGAGCUCCGGCUCAUGCAGCACGGUGUGCACCACCUCUGGCGGCUCCAUCUGCGUGGCCCCGAGCAAGGGUCAGUGCGCUUCUGUGUGCCAGGAUCCCUGCGGGGCUGUUUGCGUGGCUCCCAUCCCAGCCCCAACUGGGGGCGCGUGCGCCACCGUCUGCCAGGACGCCUGCGGAAACGUGAGCGUCACUCCCUGUGCUACUAAGUGCGCCGACCCCUGUAGCGGGGUGAAGACAUGUGCCACAAAGUGCGGGAACCCCUGCGUCACCGUGUGCUCUGACCAAACCUGUGUGAAGGCCUGUCCUUCCAUCAACAUGGGGCAAUGCAACGUCAAGAAAUGCUAAGUGGCCACAAGGUCAGAUCCUGAUUUGAAUCCCCGCAGUCCAGCUUUUGCAGAGCUCCCUUCCGAGACUGGAUGACACCUCCUUCCUCAAGUCUUCCUUGGUCCACGUUCUCUGCUCUCCUCUCCUCUAGAUGCCCUGAAUCUCGAUGUACAAGUAACGAUCUUCCCCAAGAUAUCACAUCUGGCUUGGAGAAAGAGCGAGGGGCUAUGAAUAUUCUUUGG